AUGGCGAGGGCGCGCCUGCGAGACCCCGCGGCGCCCCUGCCUUUCGGGUGUACUUCCGCUUCCGGUGGAGGGGGCGGGACCUCCGUGCGCUGGGCGGCGGGGCGGGGAGCGAGGGGGGGGCGCCCGGGGCGGCGACCUGCGGGCUCGCGAGGGCGGACGGCGCGGGCGGGCGGUGGGGAAGAGCGGCGACGCGGAACGUGCAGCAGCGUCCUGGGCCUUAGCCGGCGGAAGUGGCCGCGGACCCGGCGCGCUGGGAACCCCAGGGCGUGUGGGCAGGCGGCGGCGGGAGCGGCGGGGUUCGGGCCGGGUCCCCUCUGCGGCGGGUGCGGGCGUCCCCCCUCGGUCGGAAACCGAGGUCCGAGCAGGGAGGGACGCCGCCGAGGGUGGGGGCGGGGCCCGGCCCCGGGCAGCGCUGAGCCGGACGGGCCGGUGCCCCGCAGCCCCCGGAGUGCGCGUGGCGGCUCCGCGGCGGAUUUCUCGGCUCAGAGCAGUCGGGCCCGCCCUGCCCGGUCUCGGCUCCCGCACCACCUCCCUGACCCGAGUCGCUGUCCGCGGGCACCCAGGACACGCCGCCGGGCCAGCCCGGCCGCACGCACCCUGUUUGCCAGCCUCACUCUGGGCCUGGACGGAGCUGGGGCUGCAGGUUCCCGGUGCUUGGGAGCCAGCCGACCUGUAAACAGGGCGUCUGCUGUCCCUUCCCCUGAGGUCCGGCUGAGGCCGCCCCCGCUGGGCGGUCACUCCGUGGGCCUGCAGGCCGCCCCACGCGUGCACGGACAUGACCUGCUCGUGGAAGGGGGUUCAUGCAGCCGGCCGGUCUGCACGUGGGUCGGCACGGCAAGAUUCUGUAGCUGGGAGGCGGGAGGCAGAGGCAGCUGGAGCGCCAGAAUGCGGGAAGGGAGACAGGUCUGCAGAGGGUCUCCUCGGAGCUCGGGGCGCAAUAGAGAGCGGGGGAUACACCGCACGUGUGGUCACAUGAUUGUCCACCGGGCUACCGAGACCACACCGGGGCAAAGAUCUGUCUUUUCAACAAACGGUGAAACGGGAAAUCGGGACAUUCACAUGGAUGAAUGAAUGAAUGAAGCUGGCCCCUGCCUCACCCCGAUACAAAAUUAAAGUGGAUCAAGGGCCCAAAACUAUAAAAUUCUUCGAAGAAAACGUAGAAUACAAGCUUCAUGGUAUUGGACUUGGUGAUUUUGAUAGGAGACCAAAGGCAUGGACAAAAACGAGACAGAUAGCACCUCGUGAAAAUUUUUUAAAUUUGCACAUCAAAAAACAACAUCAAUAAAGUAAAAAGGCAACCCACAGAGUGGGAGGAAAUAUUGCAAAUUAUACAUCUGAUAAGGGGUCAAUAUCCAGAAUGGAGAAAAAAAACGGAACAGAAAAGCAAGCGACCCAAAUCAAAAGCAGACAUUUCUCCAAAGAAGAUGUACGAACAGCCAGGAAGCACGUUUAAAAUGGCUCCACCUCACUAAUGAGGGAGACGCAGACCAAGACCCCAGUGAGAUUCCACUUCACACCUGUUAGGAGGGCAACAACAAAGAGGAAUGUUGGCAUGGGUGUGGAGAAACCGGAACCCUUGCCCCUUGGUGGUAGAAAUACAACGUGUGCAACCAUCGUGGGGUACCAUAGUGGUUCCUCAAUUAAAAGGAAUUACCAAAUGAUCAACAAGUCCACUGUUGAGUGUAUACACGGAAGAAGCGAGAUCUCAAAGGGACGUUUGUACACCUGUCAAGGCAGCGCCACCCACAGUAGUCAGAAGUAACCCAUAUGCCCACUGGCGUAUGAGCAGAUGAACCAGAUGUGGUCUGCAUGUACAAGGGAGUGUUACUCUGCCUUAAAAAGAAAGAAAAUUAUGACACAUGCAUAUAGUGAAACCUUGCAGACAUUACACGGGGUGGAAUACGCCAGUCACAGGAAGACAAAUCCUGCUCAGUCACACUUUCUGGAGGUGCUUGGAGUCCUCAGAACUGGAGAGGAGGAUGGUGGAGGCCCGUGUCUGCGGAAGGGGAACAAAGUUAUGUUUAAUGGGGACAGAGUUUCAGUUCUGCAAAAUGAAGAGUCCUGGAGAAGGACAGCAGCGAUGGUGGUAUGUCACUAAUGUAUUUAAUACCACUGAGUGGCACCCGUAAAUGGUUAACAUGCCAGUUUUUUGUUACUUGUGUUUUAUUUAUUUUAAAGAUUUUAUUUUUAAGUAAUCUCUGCACCCAACAUGGGACUCAAACCCACAACCCCACGGUCAAGAGUCUCUCCCUCCACCAGCUGAGCCAGCUGGGCGCCCCAUGUUUAUUGUUAACACAAUUAAAAAAAAAAAAAAAGUAAGACUGUAGGACACAAACAAGUGUACACACUCCUUUCCACUAGGGCAGAGUCCCAAGACCCAAGUUCUUUUUUUUUUUUUUUAAGAUUUUAUUUAUUCAUUUGACAGAGAUCACAAGUAGGCAGAGAGGCAGGCAGAGAGAGAGGAGGAAGCAGGCUCCCCGCCGAGCAGAGAGC